AUGGGGAUCCAGGGCAUGGAGCUGUUUGCUAUCGGCGUAGUUGUCAUCAUUUUCAUGGCCGUUCUCAAGCAGUUUGGCAUCCUGGAACCUUUUUCCUUUGAAGUUGGCAUUGUCUGUCUUGUGAUCAUGUUUCUGAAGCUGAUGCACCUGCUGGGCCUCAUCGACAUCACUGAGACUGACAGCAGUGACAGUGAUUUGGAGCUGUCGACGGUGCGUCACCAGCCAGAGGGGCUGGACCAGCUGCAGGCGCAGACCAAGUUCACCAGGAAGGAGCUCCAGUCUCUGUACCGUGGCUUCAAGAACGAGUGUCCCAGUGGGCUGGUUGAUGAGGAGACAUUCAAGUCCAUCUAUUCUCAGUUCUUUCCCCAAGGAGAUGCAACCACCUACGCUCACUUCCUGUUCAAUGCUUUUGACAUUGACAGAAAUGGUUCAAUCCGCUUUGAGGACUUUGUCAUUGGACUGUCAGUGUUGCUCAGAGGUUCAGUCACAGAGAAGCUUAACUGGGCUUUUAACCUCUACGACAUUAAUAAAGAUGGCUACAUCACCAAAGAGGAGAUGCUGGCUAUCAUGAAGUCAAUCUAUGACAUGAUGGGGAGGUACACCUACCCUUGUGUGAGGGAUGAAGCACCUUCUGAGCAUGUUGACAAGUUCUUCCAGAAAAUGGACAAAAACAGAGAUGGUGUAGUGACGAUUGAAGAGUUCAUUGAAACCUGUCAGAAGGACGAGAACAUCAUGAACUCCAUGCAGCUGUUUGAAAAUGUGAUAUGAAAACAUCUGGAAGCUCUCAGUCUUUCAUUAGCACAACUCGCAUAUAUAACGCUGAGCAAUCAUCCCCAUUCCCAUUCCCAUUCCUUCACAUUGAUGUAUAUUGUAGGUCACACUGGCACAUAAUGUAGGUUCCGUAAAAUUACAGGAAUCGAGAUGUUUUUUUACUUCCCACUUUGCUCCUCUAGCGGCAUCUUACCACUGUCUGUGGAUUAAAUGGACUGUUUGCUGGGUAAACUCUGCGUCCACCAUAGUUCAACAGAAGAGCUGCUUAUGCUGUUAUCAGAAAAGGAAAAGGAUCAGUGACCAACAAGGAAUGAAGCGUACAGUAAUUCAUUGACCUGAGUCCACUUAAAAUAAGCUACAACAGUAAAGUACACACAUAUGGACCAGAAGCCUCAUGAAGAGUUUAUAGAGCACUGAAUGAUGUACAAAAGAAGUAAAGGAAAAGAAGAGAUUCAAAGCAUGUUUGUCAUGAAAUAUGUGACGUGAAUUAGCUUGCACUACACUUUUAUGACUGUAUAAUACGCGCCUGAAAUAAACGCGCUGUAGAUACUGUUGCCUGUUACACCACUGAUGCAAACCAGUGUAUGUAUAUAUGUAUAGUUAAUAGUGAUAAAUCCUACUUUGGUCUCCUCAGUGCUGCACUGACUGAAGGAAAAAGACCAGACCGGAAUAUUUGUUUAUCAAAUCUCUGUGUCCAUUAGUUUUAUAUUCAUCAUGUUUAGUAGUUUAAAUUAAUUGUUCAAGUACAUUCUCUUGUUUUUGUGUACGUUUAUGAGGUUUUGUUACCUGGCAAGAUUGGAAAAAAGUGCUUCUUUACAGUUCUGUGGACAAACAAAGGACUGUUAAAAGUGUGUUUCAUUGCUGAAUUAAGGCUUUAACAUGUUGGUUCAGUGUAUGUGAGCAUGCUUACUGAAGACCCACAGUAUUCUAUACAGUAUAGCUAAGCCCUUGUGAUCUCAUUUGAUUAAAGUUGUUGCCCUGACCUCUCUAUUUUCAAUGAUUUCUG